UCUGCACCGAGAAAGCAAAGAAACGUUGGAGAAGGAAAAUGGCAAACACAUGGGGCUUUGGAAUACUUGUGUGGAGGCAUACUAAAGCACCAAAGCCUUAAUUUUGCUACACCCAUCUCCUCCCUCUAUCCACCCAACAAUUCCUACUAUACUCCAAAAGGAGAGAGACCAACACAACUGUACUCCAAAGGAAUAUUUUCCUUCACAUGCAAUGGUUGCUUUCUCCCACUUUUGCUUCCUACUUUAGCUUUCACUUUCCUGCCUAUGCAUUGUGCUCACUACUUAGCCAUUAAGUUUCCCUCGUCAAGUCCCAAUCAAGCUAUCCUGCAGUGUUGUAUGUGUAUAUAUAUACCCAUGAUAUCCCACCAGACAAAGCCCAUGCAACAGCGGUCACUUUGAGUUCCUCGUGUUCGGCUCUGUCGCUUCUGUUGCUGAGAACCGAUCUCAACUCUCUACAAUUCAUUUCCUCCCAAAUCGCUCUUUCUAGAUCAACAUUUCAUGCCAGCACAUUGCCACUUUGUCCACUGAUCGAUCCUUCGUCCACAACUUUGUUCGCAUCUCCUGCCGUGGGUUCUACACGUCCUCAGCCGUCCAAAGAUGAAGAUCCGGGCUUCCUCCGCCUUGAAGCGGAUAUACUCCGUUGUGGUGGCCAUGGUGAAGGCCAAGUCGAUGGCGGUGAAGAGCAAAACCAGUGCCCUGAAGACCAGGCUCCUGGUCCUGGGGCUGCUUCAUAACAAGAAGGUCCUGAUGAAGGCAAUCAACCACAAGAUCCAUGCGCUGAUGGGCCAAGAGAGAGGUGAAGGAGGUGCCCAUUCCGCCGAGGAACAGAACAAGGCGAUCGUGCUCUACGAUGCUGCUAAGAACGAAGCCCUGCCGAGUCCAACGAGCGCGGAACCUUCGUACUAUGACGACGACGAUAACUAUCCAGAUCUGAGGCAUUCUCUCUUCGACGUGGAGGACGAAGAUGAUGAGGAGCUUGUGAACACCACUGGAUCCGUCGUUGAUCUCGUCAGGAACUCCAGGGAGGAUGGCUCUGAGUUCAGUCUGGAGGACGAGAUCGACCACGUAGCGGACGUGUUCAUUAGGAGAUUUCACAGGCAGAUGAGGCUGCAGAAGCUGGAAUCCUUCAAGCGGUAUCAGGAGAUGUUGCAGAGGAGCGUGUAAGAGCACCAACAAAGGUAUCAGAAUUGGCUCGAGUGUGGAACUGCAUAAAUAAUGCUAUUUGGAUCUGUGCUCCAUAUUUUUACUAUUACAUUAAGUUAUCAGUCAUUCUUUCUCAUACAACUGUAACACCGGAAAGAUCAUACAAGAUAGUAUAUGGGUGGGAGAAUGCUUUGUACUAUGAUCUAAAGAUGCUAUGUCAACUAGGACACUCUGUUCUUUGUAGUAUGACACACCAGUAGUUUCAACCAUUGCAGAAGAAGAAAAGAUUCAUAAAACAAAUCAUUUUAUCAACAUAGUGUAAGAGUUGUAACAUAUAGUUCGAUAUAAGAUGGUUGUGUUCAUG